AUGGAGAGCAAAGCCCCUUCCUUUUGCAGACUUUGCGACAUAUCCCUAGACAGCCCAAGCGUCUGGCGGCAGCACGCAAAGAGCGACUCGCAUGUCUAUAAGCUGCGAGUUAAGUUCGCCGAGCCCGGCACCGUCAUCACACCUCCUUCCUCAUCUCCUCGCAAACAAGGGAGCGCGGGAUCAAGUCGGCAUGCUGCAUCUGAUGAGGAGUCAGACGGAGACUCCGAUUCUGAGGACCUGAAGCCGGAUUCCGUCGCCGCGGCGCGGUUCGAUGCUCGCCAGUGCCUCUUCUGCAACACAGAAAGCACCAGCUUCCACGACAGCCUACAACACAUGUCCAAGAUGCACGGCUUCACAAUGGCUCACCAGGAGCAUCUUACCGUCGAUGCCGAGACCAUGGCCGCAUACCUUCAUCUCGUUAUUCACGGCUAUCAAGAGUGCAUCCAGUGUGGAUGCCGGCGGCGAACAGUCGAGGGCAUCCAGCACCAUAUGAUAGCCAAGGGACAUUGCCGGUUCGAUGUUUCUUCCGAAAUGGAAGACUUUUACGACAUGCCUUCUCAAAAAUACACGGCCGACGCAGAGUUGCUGCAUUUACCGUCUGGCAAAGUCCUGAGCAACGCUGGGAAGGACGGUAGACCGCUGGCGUCGCGCACACCUCGCGCCCUGGCAAGGCGACGACACAUGGCGUUGGCAAGAUUGGCCAAUGCAGAAUCCACAUGCCCGUGCACAGAUCCGCCAGAUGCAGAUGGCAUCGCGGACGCACAGCUGUCGUCGGACACUCAACUGUCGCGACCGCUCAAGGGAGACCAGCAGAGUCUGGCGCACCUCAGGGACUACCAGGUGCAGUCCUUGGUGGCCACCGGUGCCAGGGCGGUUGACGAGGCGAGGCGGGAGGCCAAGCAUUCAGAGCUCAAGCUCUCCAAGGCGGGGAAUGUGACGCUGAUGGGGACGUUUAGGGCAGAUACGUCGAAGCGGUUUCGGGGUCCUUGGGGUUGA